AUGGUCGGGCAAACGAGGAAUAAGCUCAGAGGUGCGGCUUCAGAGCCGUCGCACUCUCUCCGCUCCACGCAGUCUAGACGGCGGCGCCGGGCCACAGGAACUGGGGAGCGGGAGUUGGAGGAGGAGCCGAAGAAGGAGGUGAAAAGGCCGGAGCUGCCUUUGCGCACACGCAGGAGGAACCUGCCAGGGGGCGCCCGGGAUUAUUCGCCGCGGAGGAUCCGAAACCUGAAAACGCAGAACUGCGUGCCAGUGGAGAUGGUCACAAGGCCCGAUUUUCUGAACGGCCGCUUUCCGUUUCUCAGUUCUUUGCUGGAGCAGCUCUGGGACAAGGCGCAACUAUUGCAAAGACGUCAGGUCUCGGGCAGGGGGGCCAUCGGCAUAGCUGCCUUUGUGGCAAUUUUGCACUGGGUACAUUUGAUAAGACUUUUUGAAAAUGAUCGUCAUUUUUCUCACCUCUCAGCCUUAGAACGGGAGAUGACUUUUCGCACUGAAAUGGGGCUUUAUUAUUCCUACUUCAAGACCAUUGUUGAAGCACCUUCAUUUUUGCAAGGACUAUGGAUGAUUAUGAAUGACAGGCUCACUGAAUAUCCCCUUGUAAUUAAUACAGUGAAACGCUUCCAUCUUUAUCCAGAGGUGAUUAUAGCCUUCUGCUAUCGCACAUUUGUGGGAAUAAUGAAUUUAUUUGGGUUAGAAACUAAGACCUGCUGGAACGUGACCAGAAUAGAACCUCUAAAUGAAGUUCAAAGCUGUGAAGGAUUGGGAGACCCUGCUUGCUUUUAUGUUGGUGUGAUUUUUAUUUUAAAUGGAAUAAUGAUGGGAUUGUUCUUCAUGUAUGGUGCUUACCUGAGUGGGACUCAACUUGGAGGUAUAAUUACAGUCGUAUGCUACUUUUUCAACCAUGGAGAGGCUACUCGGGUGAUGUGGACACCACCUCUCCGGGAAAGUUUUUCAUAUCCAUUUCUUGUACUUCAGAUGUACAUCUUAACGGUGAUUCUCAGGACCACGAACAAUAGUAGAAGGCACUUUAUUGCACUCUGCCUUUCCAAUGUUGCUUUUAUGCUUCCCUGGCAAUUUGCUCAGUUUAUACUUUUUACACAGAUAGCCUCAUUAUUUCCUAUGUAUAUUGUGGGGUACAUUGAGCCAAACAAGUUUCAAAAGAUAAUUCAUGCGAACAUGAUUUCAGUUUUCCUUUGUUUUGUAUUCAUGUUUGGAAAUCCAAUGUAUUUAUCUUCUUACUAUUCUUCAUCUCUGGUAAUAACGUUGGUGAUAAUCCUAAAGAGAAAUAAAAUUCAAAGAUUUGGAGUAUCUGAACUCCACUUUUGGGUAAUUCAAGGUAGUGCUUGGUUUUUUGGAACAAUCAUUUUGAAAUUUCUGACGUCUAAAAUUUUAGGUGUUUCAGACCAUAUUCGCCUGAGUGACCUUAUUGCCGCCAGAAUCUUAAGAUAUACAGAUUUUGAUACCUUAAUUUACACCUGUGCUCCUGAAUUUGACUUCAUGGAAAAAGCGACGCCAGUGCAAUACUCAAAGACAUUGUUGCUUCCAACUGUUGUUGUGAUUACUUAUUUUAUCUUUAAAAAGGCUAUUCGUGAUAUUCGGUGUGUCUUAUGUGCAAACACUUAUCUAAGAAAACAGCUCCUUGAACAUGGUGAGAUAAUUUUUCACACAUUGCAGUUGUUUGCAUUCACUCCCCUUGCCAUUUUAAUUAUGAGGCUGAAGCUCUUUUUGACACCUCACAUGUGUGUUAUGGCUUCCCUGAUAUGUUCUCGGCGGCUCUUUGGCUGGCUUUUUUUCAGAGUUCGUUUUAUGCCUCUUAUCCUCAGUCUUGUAUCAAUAAUGUCAAUACAAGGUUAUGCAAACCUCCAUAAUCAAUGGAGCAUAAUAGGAGAAUUUAAUAAUUUGCCCCAGGAAGAACUGAUACAGUGGAUCAAAUACAAUACCAGGCCAGAUGCUGUUUUUGCUGGUGCCAUGCCUACAAUGGCAAGUGUCAAGCUUUCCACUCUUCACCCCAUUGUGAAUCACCCACAUUAUGAGGAUGCUGACUUGAGAGCUCGGACAAAAAUAGUUUACUCCGCAUAUAGUCGAAAAUCUGCAAAAGAAGUGAGAGAUAAGUUGGUGGAGUUACAUGUAAAUUACUACAUUUUAGAAGAGGCAUGGUGUGUUGUGAGAACUAAGCCCGGUUGCAGUAUGCUUGAAAUUUGGGAUGUGGAAGACCCUUCUAACUCAGCUAACCCUCCCUUAUGUAGCAUCUUGCUAAAGGAUGCGAGGCCAUACUUCACCACAGUGUUUCAGAAUAGUAUGUACAGAGUGUUAAAAGUUAAUUGA